UAACGUGUUAGGAACACAUUCCUCGGAGCAAAACAAACCGAAACGAGAAAUUUAAAUUUAGAAAACUAGCGAACGCGCGCCGAAACACACGACAAACGAUUUGUAUUCUUUCGGAACGUUUUCGAGCAUUUCAAUAAUUUUCCGAAUUUUAACAAAACUGAUAAGGUGCAAGUGUAUAAAAAUAACAAAACAAACAUCAACUUAUAAUGCCUUAACGGCAGAGUGUUUAAGAAAGAGCAAAAGAAAGCAGAAUUAGAAAAAAGUGUUGCAAGUUUCCAAAACAAAAGAAUUAACCACAAUUUAAACAAAAUCAACUGCCGAAAAUUUGGAUUACAUCAAGCCCAACAACAACACAAAACCAACAAAAAGCUGGCACAACACGCGGUUUGUGCCACCAAGCUGCAGUCCUUGCCACAAUUUGUUAACACACGAAAUCUCAAAAUUUGCGCACCCACAAUGCACUUACCGGCCGGUCCCACAAUGGUCGCUGCGCCCGCGCAACUCGCCAACGGCCCCGCACCGCCUAGCGCCAUGCCACAUGCCCAGAGCGGCGCGCCCACACAUGUGCCCAGCUCGGCCAGUUCGACAGGCUCCUCAACACCAGAUAAUAGCAGCAGUAAUAACAACAACAACAACAGCUCAUCCACCAAAUUGCCACCCUCCAUGACCGAUAUGUUCGCCAGUCUGCACGAAAUGUUGCAGGAAUAUCACGGCGAGCUGGCACAGACCGGUUCGCCAUCGAUCCUCUGCAGCGCCUUGCCGAAUCAUUGGCGCUCCAAUAAGUCGCUGCCGGGCGCUUUCAAAGUGAUCGCUUUGGAUGAUGUGCCCGACGGCACACUGGUCACCAUCAAAUGCGGCAAUGAUGAGAACUAUUGCGGCGAAUUGCGUAAUUGUACGGCGAUUAUGAAGAAUCAAGUGGCGAAAUUCAAUGAUCUGCGCUUUGUCGGACGUUCGGGACGUGGCAAAUCUUUCACGCUAACCAUCACCAUUGCCACAUAUCCGGUGCAGAUAGCGAGCUACACGAAGGCGAUCAAAGUGACCGUGGACGGACCGCGGGAACCAAGAAGUAAGCAAAGUUAUGGUUAUCCACACCCGGGCGCUUUCAAUCCUUUCAUGCUCAAUCCCGCGUGGCUUGAUGCCGCCUACAUGACAUAUGGCUAUGCGGACUACUUCCGUCACCAGGCCGCGCUACAUCAUCCCGCCUUGGCGAAGAGUUCACCCACAUUGCCCACAAAUGGCAGCGCUGGCGCUACAGUCGUACCGCCACCACCACCACCAGCAGUAAACGAUUUCCACCCCGCGCAGCUGACACCACCGCCGGUAGGCGCGCCACCAAACGCCGCACUCGGCAUGAUACCCACACCGCCUGGCUCCUCGUACGGUGUAGGCAUGCCACAAUUUCCCUUCAAUCCAGUCGCCGCAGCCGCCUUCCACCCGUACAACCUCGCCGCCGCCGGCCUGCGUGUGCCCAGUCAUAAUCUACACAACACCUCGAUCGGCAGCUCGCAUGGCUCAACGGAACACAUCAGCCCCGUGCACAUAAGUCCCGCUUCGUCGCGUCCAUCAUCGUCCUCGCCACCCGUACACGCACACAACACCAGCACUGCGAGCAGCAACCAUAAAGCCAACACCUCGCUGGAGCAAUCGCUAUCCGAUGCCGAUCCCGAUGUCGACUCGGAUGAUGAGCAAAUCGAUGUUGUCAAAUCCGCUUUCGUGCCCAUACUACGUCCACCAAUUGUGCCGCGUACGCUACCAUCUGCCGUUGAGGAGUUGGAGAAGUCCCAGCAGAAGCCGCAGCAGCAGCAGCCACGCAUGCGUUGCGAGCUGAAAGCGCCCUCCGCCAUGAAGACGCGUCAAUCGCCCAUCAUUACGGCCGCUACCAAGCUGAAGGCGGCUGUGAAUGCCACAAAAACGGUAUGGCGUCCCUACUGAAAUCCCACCCACUCCGCCGUCGGAGUUGUACUACAAACACUGUGGAAAGCAGCACGCAGCAGCGGUGGCAACGUUUAGAGUUGGGCGCUCUACCACAGCUCGGCAGCUACCAAGCAGCAGCUGUACGAAAAUUGACACACGCGACGCCACUUGUAUGUGGCACGCAUACGAAAAUGCCGACGGCAAAUGCGUAGCAAGCGCAAGCCUUGGUUCAAGUUGGGACGCAUUCAGCACUUCUGUGGGAUCACUUUAACUCCAGCGCUCCAGCUUUACGCACACGCACACACCGAUACGCACGCACUUGUGAUAAAGUUUUGGGUUAUUCCUCAUGAUUCCCCCGUCUGGAGCCGAGUGGAGUGUGGUAGUUGAAAUACUUUGUGAUAUAGUGUUAAGUUUAACGAAUGUGGCAAACGAAAAAUAAAGGCGAAAAAAUGAACAAAACACGACUGUGUGCCAUUGUGGCAUGCAACAAGGACGUCAGCGCGCUCGCUGAUGUCGCUGCAGUUGCGGCAACGCUUUGGUGGCAUGGAAAUUAGCAUAUCUAAGCACCGGUUUACUCAAAUGUACCUACUUCCUUCACACACACACACACACACAAACGAGCGCGAGACGCUGACACAAACACACACACAUGGAAGCAAAUUGUCUUUGCGGCAGAAAUUUUGGAAAACGCUUGUAUUCUCAGCAUAAAAGGAAAGGUCCAUCGGAUUUGGCAGUGGCCGUGAUUCAACGGCGCACUAACACACACACACGCGCGUAUGCAAAUUUGCCAGGCGCGCCCAUAUAAGCACCGAACUAUGUGUGUGUGGGCGUGCCUGCGCUCGCUUGAAUCAAUGCAAAUACUCGAUUUAGUUUGGAGAGAUGCAAACAUAAAUUUGUCAGUGUUCUUGGGCACAGCAUUUUCAUUUAUUUUCGAUUCUUGAAAUUGCAACCGAUUCGAUGUUUGUAAAUAUUCUCUUAGUCUUAAGUUACAAAUGCUGAUGGAGAUGUUUGUGUUAACUGUAUAUAUGUACAUAAGUAUGUUUAUUUUUUUAUUAUUCUAUGAAAAUUAUUUUAUUUGGAAUUUUUAAUUUUUAAGUUUUAUUACAAAUGUUUAGCGUUAAGUUGUUGGCCGUAGAAAAGAAGAAGAAGCAAAAGCGAAAGAAAAAACUCAAACAAAAACAAAACACAAUUAACUGACGAAUUUCUUGCGAAUAGUAAAAACAAAAAAUGAAGAAAAAAGCUCAGAAAAUAUAUUUUUCCAAAA